AUGCUUCGUGAGCUCUACAACAACUUCACAACCAGGAUCUCGCCAUUCUAUAAAGCAGACAUCAUCAACGUGAAGAGAGGGGUUCAACAGGUUGAUACCAUUUCGCAUAAACUUCUCAUUACCGCUCCCGAGAACAUCAUGCGAACAUCAAAACCGAAAAUCGAGCAGGCGGAACAAAUGCUAGCCGAUUCCGACAACGCUUGUGGAAGGAUCGGCUUGAGACUGAACUCAAAAAAGAUGUUCAUGAAGAAGGUUUACUAUCUGUUGCUCCCUUCACGCUGA